CAAUAUGCAGUACACGAUGAUCGAUGAGCAACUAUAGAGGUGAUUCAACUUCUUUUUCUUUUUCUUUUUUAUAUAUAUUUUAAACUUUAUUCUUGUUUUGCAGGGAGAUGGCUGAAAUACAGUUGGGCAUGGAACAAUUGCGGUUAGAUCUUGAGGCAAAUGGAAAAAAUUUGGCAGAUACAUUGAAAAAAAGAUCUGAAGAAUGUGAAAUUUGUUUGAAAGAUGAGAAUAAAAAGCUUAACAGAAUCUACAAGGAGAUUAACAAUUACCAAGCUUCCCGUGACAAAACUAGAGAUGUUUUCCUUAAAUUUGAAGAGGAAAUGGAAAAGUUUAAAGAAUCGAGAGAGAAGGAAAAUGCUUUGGUGGUAGCAAUGCGAGAAAACAUUAAUGAAGCCAAUGAAUACAUAAGAAUGAGAAAACAGGGUCAUGAAUAUAUGAGGAUAUUGACGAAGAUUAUCAACUCAUGA